CGCGGGGAGCGCGGCGCAGUCCGUUGGCCCGCGGGGGGGCGGCCUCCCGGCAUCUUCGCGUCGCCCAAGGACGACCAGGAAGGGGAGCGGCCGGGAUGGCGCGUCCGCGGCCCCGCGAGUACAAGGCGGGCGACCUGGUCUUCGCCAAGAUGAAGGGCUACCCGCACUGGCCGGCCCGGAUUGAUGAACUCCCAGAGGGAGCUGUGAAGCCUCCAGCAAAUAAGUAUCCUAUCUUCUUUUUUGGCACCCAUGAAACUGCAUUUCUAGGUCCCAAAGACCUUUUCCCUUAUAAGGAAUACAAAGACAAGUUUGGAAAGUCAAACAAACGGAAAGGAUUUAAUGAAGGAUUGUGGGAAAUAGAAAAUAACCCAGGAGUAAAGUUUACUGGAUACCAGGCAAUUCAGCAACAGAGCUCUUCAGAAACCGAGGGAGAAGGCGGGAAUACUGCAGAUGCAAGCAGUGAGGAAGAAGGUGAUAGAGUAGAAGAAGAUGGAAAAGGCAAAAGAAAGAAUGAAAAAGCAGGCUCAAAACGGAAAAAGUCAUACACUUCAAAGAAAUCCUCUAAACAGUCCCGGAAAUCUCCAGGAGAUGAAGAUGACAAGGACUGCAAAGAAGAAGAAAAUAAAAGCAGCUCUGAGGGUGGAGAUGCCGGCAAUGACACAAGAAACACAACUUCAGACUUGCAAAAAACCAGUGAAGGGACCUAACUACCAUAAUGAAUGCUGCAUAUUAAGAAAACCACAAGAAGGUUAUACGUUUGGUUGUCUAAUAUUCUUGGAUUUGAUAUGAACCAACACAUAGUCCUUGUUGUCAUUGACAGAACCCCAGUUUGUAUGUA